AUGACACCGCAGUCAGAGGAGACACUGGAAAAAUUCCUAAUGCGAGUGCAGGCACAUGGUACAAAAUGUAAUUUUGGUAAAUCAGCGUCGGAGAGCUCCGGCAUUGUGAUAGUUGGCAAGAUGCUCCAGUUUGAGCCAAGUCAGUUACGGGCAAAACUACUUCAGGAGAAAGAUCUUACCGUAGAAGAGAUUGUUAAGCAAGUAAACGCGUUUGAAACGUCACGUGUGGCGAAUGAUCAGAUUGGGGGAAGGAGUAUUCACUUGCAAGUAUUCAGAUCAGCGGAUAACGUGCACUACGUUGCUGUACCGUGCAAAUUCUGUGGUCGUUCUCACGGACAACAAACUUGCCCAGCACGAGAUAAAACAUGUAUGAAGUGUGUGAAACGUGGUCAUUUUGCUGGAGUUUGUUACUCUUCUCCGGUCUUUGCAUCAUCAAGCCGAUCGAUGGACAGCAGUAAACUGAACAGACCGAAGUUUCUGAAAAGACCUCAUGAGCGGUCAUUAUCUAAUGAACGAAUUGAACUUGUUGAGUUGAGAUGGUAUCUUCUGGAGGCGAUUCAGAUGAACUCAUUUGGGCGAGAGUGGGUGGCGUGCUGA